AUGUCCCACUCCCACCAGCACUCACAACCACAACAGGGACGGUUAAUAUUAUCCCAGUGCUUGAACAAACAUCAUGAACAACACCCUGAAAGCUCUCUCUCAUCUUCUCAAACACUUCACAAAAUUCCAUCCUCAUGUCUUAUUCAAUCUCAAACCUCAACUCCAACAACAUCAUCAACCCUUAGUAGCCGCUCUUUCUUUGGCCUCAAGCUUGUGUCAUCAUCCUCUCACCAACAACAACACUUGUUCCAUGAACCUCAUAGCCCCCCAAUCCACUGUUGUUUUAAUGUUUCCUCCAAGCGUUGGGGUGGUAAUUUCAAACUUGGGUGCAGUGAGGUUUCUUCCAUGGACAGUCAAGUAGAAUUCUCUUCACUUCACUCUAACUCUGAGAUCAUUAGAAAAAAGAAAAUUACUGGGCGGCAAAAGAAAGAGGAACUUGAAAGAGAGGUCUCUAUGCUUCAAAAGUUACUAGAGCAAGAACAAAAGGUUCAUGAGAUAUUGGUGAUGGUGCAUAAUAGACCAACUGAUUCAGCGAUAUCUGUUCCCAAUUUUCUUCCUCCCAAGAUGAAAGAACUCUUGGCAGAGCUAGUCACGGUUGAGGAUGAGGUAGCAAGACUUGAAUGUCAAAUAAGCCAACUCCAAUCUGGUUUGAAGCAUGAAAAAGAAGUCACCAAGGAAUUAAAGUCAAAAACAUUGGAACAAGAGAAUCUGAGCAAUUCUAACAAUUGUUUAUUAACUGCACCAAUUCCAAAUCCUAGUCCUAUUCACAGAAGUGUUCAUGAAAGGGUGGCAUUUGAACCCAAGUCAUUGCAUUUCAUAAGCAAAGCUAUAAAGGGAGAUUAUAAUCUCAAUGACUUCAGUCUUAAUGAGAAAACAGGAUUUUUGAAAAAUUCUGUUGAACAGAAAGAAAAUAAUCUCCAAGAAGAUGUGAAAUUUCAAGAAAGACUUCCAAGAAAAAAUGGGAUAAUGAAGCCUCCCUCACCUAUGAGAGACCCCCGCCAUCCAUCACCUAAGCUGAGGGAACGUAAUUCAGAGAUGUACUUAGAUCCCCCAACUAGAUCACUAUUGGACCCACUUCUGUCAGAAGAGAAUGACCUGAAGUGGCAACCCAACAAGCUAUCUGAGAGCAUCAUGAAGUGUUUGAAUUUCAUAUAUGUAAGACUACUAAGAACAUCAAGAGCAAUGGAAUUGGAGAAAUUAGGGACCAUUUCAAGGUCUGUGCAUUCUUCUUUAAGCUCAAGAAGCUUCAGGGUCGAUACUGGGUCAAACCCAAAAUCAAGCCUCAUGUUGCACAAGGAAUCAAGGCAGCAAGACCCAUAUGGUGUCUUUAACACAGAAGAGUCCAUUCCAAGGGACAUUGGUCCUUACAAGAACCUUGUUAUAUUCACCUCCAGCUCUAUGGACCCGAAGUUCAUCUCAAGUCCUUCCUCUAUUCCAUUACUAAGAAAGUUAAGGAUCUUGAUGAGCAAUCUUCAGACGGUUGAUUUGAGAAGCCUUACAAUCCAACAGAAAUUAGCAUUCUGGAUCAACGUGUACAAUGCUUGUAUCAUGCAUGGAUUUAUCCAAUAUGGAGUGCCAUCCACCCCAGAAAAGCUACUUGCAUUGUUGAACAAGGCAACCCUCAACAUUGGAGGCAACAUAAUAAAUGCACAAGCAAUAGAGCAUUUUAUUUUAAGGAAACGAGAUACUUCUAAUACGAAAGAGGGCGAGUGGGAGGAAAAAGAAUCAGUUGUUCGUGAACUUUAUGGACUUGAGUUUAUAGAUCCUAAUUUCAUAUUCUCUCUGUGUUGUGGAACUCGUUCUUCUCCAGCUGUGAGGAUAUAUACAGGUGAUGGUGUUACAGCUGAAUUGGAGAAAUCAAAACUAGACUAUUUGCAGGCUUCAAUUCUGGCUACUAGCACCAAAAGGGUAGCAUUACCAGAGCUCCUACUCAAAAACAUGCUUGAUUUUGCUGUGGACACAGACUCACUGGUGGAGUGGGUAUGCAACCAGUUACCUACAUCUGGGACUCUAAGGAAAUCAAUGGUGGAUUGCUUUAGAGGCCAUAGUAAUGUCAAGGCUUCUACCAUUGUUGAAAAGAUACCCUAUGACUAUGAAUUCCAGUAUUUGUUGACAAUAUAA